UUGGAUUUUAUUAUGGUAUUGAUACAAAUACAAAUUAUGUCGGGAAUGCCAUAAUUGGUAAGUACAAGCAAGGUUAUGUCUCAAAUCAACUUACAAUUUAUUGCAACUGAUUUGGACAGUUUGCAGACUGAUAAGAUUUUACUCCUAACAAUUCAGAAUUGUAGUGAGUGCCAUAAGAGCCAACCGGUUAGAUAAUAAUACCAAUUUAUGAUGGCGGAUGGCGAAUUAGCAAAUUUUAUUUUUCACUCAAUCGCACUUCAAUGGAAUUGAACGACUUGCACUCGUGGAACAUAAAUCGCAGCUCAAUUGAGAUAUAGAUAAGAUAUAAACGUGUGGACAGCCUUCCCUAGUGCUUGACAGGUUAAAUUGCCCAAUCUUUCCAAUUGUGCCAACCACUUGCUAACAACGCUGCCAUGUUGAGAACUCUGAUCUUUGUCUGCGCUGCAGUAACGGUGAUCUCGGCUGCCCCAGAAUUGCUGGAGGGCCGCGUGGUUGGAGGUGUCGAUGCCACAAGUGGACAGUUUCCGCAUCAGAUUCACUGCCACUGCCACCCAUAUCUGUGGUGGCUCUAUUAUCUCACACGAUUAUAUUCUAACGGCGGCCCAUGUGUGUGUGUUGUGUCACGGAACAGUCGGAAGAUGGUUCGAUCGUCGAAUUACUUCAACUACAUAUGAAAUACAAGAAAUAUCUUGAUUAAUGG